AUGUCGGACGGCACGGCGACCUGCAUCGACAUCAUCCUCGCCAUCAUCCUCCCGCCGCUCGGGGUCUUCUUCAAGUUCGGCUGCGGGGUUGAGUUCUGGAUCUGCCUCAUCCUCACCUUCUUCGGCUACCUCCCCGGCAUCAUCUACGCCGUCUGGGCUAUCACCAAGGAGCCAGCCGGAGCAUAG